UGCAGAAACCCCAAUGGUUACUUAUGAAUGAGACAGUGGUAGCGUAUGGUAUUGAUAGCUUUAGCUAUUAUGAUAUGUGUUGUAAUAUUGAAGAGGUUACAACAAUAACAGCAGUCACAAUUGUAGUAGUGUUAUUCAUUAUUUAUCAAUUUCAAUUUCUCUUCCAUUUUUCUCUACCAGCUCUAUAACCACUCAUACCCUGAUCCACAGCAAGAAGAUAUACAGGCAUUUUCCUUUAUUUCCUUACCAAAGAGUUUACCAAAACAUCUGAAAGUCGAAGAAAUAUCAGCCCUUUCAAGGAUAGUCUUUUUCUCGAUGAGGAAUGAUAAGCUAUAUAGGGUAACACAAAACUCCAAAGGAAAUACUAACAUUAACAGCUAUGUUCUGGCUGCCAAUGUUCCUAACAUUCGAAUAAUCAACCUUGAUGAACCAGUUAAAAUAUCAUUCGAUUUAAUACACCAGAAUGCCGCCAACCCAGAAUGUGUUUACUGGGAUGAAUCUCCAGGAGAGGAUCCUCGUUGGUCAACAAAAGGCUGUAAGAUAUCCGAUUAUGUACCUGGAAAGAAAGUAGUCUGUUCCUGCGACCAUCUUGCAAGUUUUGCCUUAUUAAUGGAUGUCUACGCGAAUGAAGACGAUAUAAAAAAUGUCAAAUCCUUAUCUGUUAUAUCUAACAUUGGCUGUGGACUAUCAUUUGUCUGUCUUGUUCUUACAGUAAUAAUUCACGUUUGUUUCAGGUAGAAGUUUUGGUAAUGAGAUAGAAGAGCAGAAAGCAACUUCUAAGUGAGAAUCAAUAUAAAGAAUGUCUCCAAGAAAUAAGGAAUGCCUCCAAUAAUCGUCUUUGGUUAUAUUUUUCGUCAUAAAAUCAUAUUUUCACUGUAUAUAACCUUAAAUAUAUUUCUUGUAAAGAACCGUUAUUUGUACCUUUUAAUACAACAUUAUGCAACCGAGAGACUAUAAUCCACAAUAAUGUAAUUUAAACAAGUUUCAGUGCCUGACUAUUUCUUGGAACACAGAAAAACUGAAAAUUUUCCUUGUUACAUUUAAUUUUCUUUUACUACUGUAAUCUUUCAAUUUUCUCAAUAAAGGAUUAAAUCUGG